UAUCAUUUCAUAUAAAUUAAUAUUCCUAGUAGUACAUGGAAAAUCAAACUCCCUGAAUCUCCUCCUCUGUUCAUAAAUACAAAAGUCGUGUUUGCUUGACCGUAAUUUUUAGGUGUGAAUUUCAGCUGUUUUCCAUAUUCAGAAUCAAAAGACGAUAAAUUAAUCGAGCCAGAGUCAAACACGGCUCUAUGAAAUUGAUCAGUGCAAUAUUCUCGCCAAAACGUUUUCAGGCGAGUAAUUUGAGUAAUGGAAGCAGAGACGGUAAUGAGUAAAGAGGCGGCGGCGGCAGCGGUUAUAGCCGGAACUGAAGCAAAAUCAGCACCAGUGAAGGCAAAAAUGAAUGAAGUGGAAUUGGUGAAAUGCGAGUGCUGUGGAUUGACGGAGGAUUGCACGGCGGCGUAUAUAGGGAGGGUUAAGGAGAGGAACGAAGGGCGAUGGAUUUGUGGACUGUGUGCGGAGGCAGUGAAGGAUGAAAUCAUGAGGUCAUCGGAGAGGCGAAUUGGGAGAGAGGAAGCUCUGAAUCGUCAUAUGAAUUUCUGUAGCAAGUUCAGAGCUCUAACGCCGCCACCAAAUCCGAAGGACGAGUUGAUAUCGGCGGUGAAGCAGCUGAUGUUCAAGAAGCUUGGAUUCGCCGAGAUCAAGUCCGGUGAGAAGGCGCCAAGGUCUAGUUCGAUCUCAGAGUUGUUUUUCAAUUGAUAGUUGAAUAGGAGCAACCGUGGCAAUGCGUAUUCCAAUAAACGUAUAUUUAU